UCGACAAUCUGGAGAUUCCUCUCAGAUCUGAGGAUGUUCGUCAUCGAGCCAGCAAAGAUCGAUGUCCUACAGUUGGACAACAACAUCAGGAUCCGGAGGAACAUCAAAUUAUCGAACCAGGUAGCGGCCAGAACUGUGAAGAAUAAGAAGGAGCGACUGGCCAAUGGGGAAAUCACCCCCAUUCAACACCUCCAUUUUAUGGCCCACAGAGUGCCCACUCCGGUUCUUCCGAAUGACCCAGAUCAGGAUGAGGCCGAUGCAGAAAUGGCCGCCGAUGGCUACGCCGAUGAUGAGGAUGGCGACGACGAAGUCUUUGACGAACACGGAGAUGAUGACGCAUUCCUGGCAGCCGCAGGGCCACAGGCAGAUGGACAACAGCAACCGGGUCACGCCGCCGCAGGUCCAGCAGCAGAACCGUGUUGCAUUUGCAUGGCGAGCCCCAAGGACACAAUACUACUGCCGUGCGGGCAUGUCUGCGUGUGUUCAACAUGUGCAGCCCUUCUCGAAGCCCAAGGACUUGACGAUGAACCCGAGGGCGUCUAUUUGUGCCCCGUAUGUAGGACACGGGUUACUUCGCGACAUCGGCUGUUCUACGCCUGAAAAAAUUGACUGGAAAUGGCUUUCUAUUUCCUAUUAUUUUUACAUCUACUUUCAUUUUUCAUGUAUUUUUCUUAUAAAUUGACUAAAUAA